CCACUCAUAAUCCCCACAUCAUUACCUUUCCAUUGAUAUAUAAUAAGACCACAUUCAUAAUCAAUAUAUUUCUCCUUUAAGUUAUAUGCACAUCCUGGUCGGUAUGCAAAUGAGGAGACUGAUGACGUCAUCCACUCACUAUUUAUUUUGUAUUUUAUUGUACGAAAUAUUUUAAUUUUCUCCUCAUUGCCAAGUGAAACAAUGAUCAAUUCCCCCUGAACAUGAGGAAUUAUUAUUGUUUAAUACUAUAUGGUUCAGUCAAGUUGGUCCUUUUUUUGUCAAAUCUGUAAAAAAAUGAAAUAUUGUAUAAUUCAAGCAAUAGAAAACAAAAGAAAUUAUGAGUGAGGGACAUCAUCGACUAUCUCAUUUGCAUGUCACUCAGUUGUGCAUAUCACUGUUUUGUGAAAAAUAAUUGAAAUUUUGAAAUGUCAUAACUUUCUUAUUUUACAUCCAAUUUUGAUGAAAUUUUCAGUUCUGUGCUAGUUUAAUUUUUCUCUAUUUAUUCAAAUCAACAUUACUCUGGGUGGACUUGACCUUUAAAAACCAAAUAGAACAAGGAAGUUCAGGUAUCAUUUCAUACACUGUAUCUUAUGAAAAUCAACCUUUCUUUAAAAAAAAAAGAACUUCCUGCUACCAAGACACAUACUACUGUAGAAGCCAGCCACAGAGGUCCUGGGCAUUUUAUUUCCUGCGGAAGUUUGGAUUUCCAACCAAGCUUGAGGUCUGUUUCAUAAAGAGUUAAAAUUAUUGCCAUUAUAGCAACUGCCAUGGUAACAGGGCUCAGCAGCCAAUCACAAUCAAGGUUUCUGUGAGAGUUACAACAAUUACAACAUUCCUAUCAUGAUGAAGUGAACCCCAAGAGUACAUAUAAUCUCAGAUUGAGUUCAUAGCUCAUAGUAAUAUAUACCCAACUAUCUUUUGUCAGAUACUAGAUGACCAUCAGUCUGGAAUAUGGGCAUUUAUCUCAUAUGAUUCCAAACUGUUUUUACAGUGCAAUCUUAAUGUUUAAGAUCCAAAGUAAAUUGUUGUUAUAAAACAAAAGGAAUACAUGAACUUAAUUUUGGCAAGAAACACAAGGAAUAGUCAUGGUACACACAUAGAAGUACCUAAUGCAGGGACUAAAACUUGGAGAAAUACACUCUUAUCAAGAACAAUCAUCUUUCCAAGAUCAGAGGUAGGACUUAAUUGGAUCCCUAUAUAAAGAAUAUAAUGAGUAGAGAGUUUCAGAGCAACACUCUGACCCACACAAAAGCAGCACGCUGGUGAUUUGCAGUUUACUACCCUGCCGGUGCAAACUUCAGAAUGUUCAGAAGGGAUUGGAUGAUGUUUCGUAUGGACACACUUUCUUAAGAGCUGGUGAGACUGAUAACCUUUGGAGAUAUCAUCAUGGAGUUUUGAAAACAUUGAUGGGGUUUGUGAUAAUCAUGGGGUGGAAAGAACAAAACAUGAAUACAUUUAGUUAAAGAAAAAGCAAAGUCAUAAUGCAGUAGGAAAAGACUUUCUCAAUCUUCAAGAAUAGUCCUUCUCCAAGUCAUCUGACUAUAAAUUCUCAAGACUAAAAUCCUGACAUCACUUGUAAGGGAUAGCCUGGCUCUUUAUCAAGUGACAGAUCGACGGAGCCAUGUGAUGAAGGAGGGAUCUUCUAAUUCUCUUGGUACAGGAACUUUUAGGCAGGAAUUUUCUAGCAGUUAUGAUCUUUUUCAUGUGAUAUUGAGCAAGUCACUUAUUCACAGAGUAAACUAGUCCACGAAUUGUAACAACUGACAGGAAAUUCUGAUUGCUGCAAAUAAAGCAAAGAAGAUAUUGUACUCACAUCAAUUGGAAGACUCAAAGAGUCUUCCUUGAUUUUCCUUGAUUAACCUUAACUGAUCACAAUAUUUGAAUCCACGAUGGCUAGUACACCCCUGUAUACCCUUCUCUGUUUGUGGAUUAACUGUGUGCUAUUCUUUUUAUCUGGAGGAUUGUCCAUGAAGUGUGAUAUGUCAGGAAGAAAUGGAUCUCUAAACUGGAGCUCAAUGUCUACAAGUAGGUGCCAACUGACCUAUACCAGCUGUGGUGUCAAAGCUAACUGUAAAAAUCUUAGCCUUCAUUCCGUUCCUAAAGGUCUUCCACACAACACAAUAGUGCUUGAUCUAUCUAGAAACAUAAUUGAAACCCUACACAACAAAUCUUUUACUUAUCUUCCAGACAUCAUCAAACUUGACCUGUCCUUAAAUCGCAUCACUUUGAUAGGAGAUGGUACCUUUAAGCCUCUGGGUAAUCUCACAGAAUUAGACCUGUGGUAUAAUAACAUAAAGUUUCUACCAGCAGGUUUGCUUCAUUCAAAUAAACUUCUCUCGGUUUUCGACAUUUCUUUAAACCAAUUAAGAUCAUUCCCUAAAGAUGCUCUUCCAUGGACUAACCAUAUGAAAUCACUUGAUCUGUAUAGUAAUCGUGAAAUAUCUUCCAUAUCGCCUCUAGACUUUGCACCUCUUCAGAAUUGCUCACUCAUAAAACUUCAAAUGAGUCUUUGUGGCUUAAAAAAUCUUCCAACAAAUUCCUUUGCAGCUUUUAAGAGAAUUCAACAUUUAAGACUUGAUGGCAAUCUCAUGGAUAGGCAGGAAAUUCACAUGUCUUCCUUUUCAGGAAUCAAUGAAAUAAAUGAACUAAGCUUAUCAUCCUGCAAAAUAAAUAGUAUAAUUCCACUAAACCGAUCUUUUCAUCAUCUUCAUGAUUCUCCAAAAAUACAUCUGAUAAGUCUCAUUUGGAAUAAACUGAAUUCCUUCCCAGAUUUUGUGUUUUGGGGAUUAAAUGAAACAAAUAUCCUCAGACUGGACAAUAAUCAGAUUUCUUCUUUAUCUAACUAUACAUUUUGUGGACUAGACCAGUUGAUUGAAUUAGAUUUAUCAUGUAAUGAAUUAAUAUAUUUACCACACGGCAUGUUCUUCUGUAAUAAACUGUUACAAGAAUUGAGACUUACAUGUAAUCACAAUAAGAUAGUAAGCUGGUCUGGAAGUACAGUUUCUAAUCUAUGCUCUUUGAAUCACUUAUACCUAUCUGAUAACAGAAUACAAAAUAUUGAUAAGGGUACCCAAACACUUCCCUCAUUGGAAUAUCUAGAUCUUUCUUUCAACGCCUUUCAUAAUGUACAUAUAUAUCCUAAAUUUCUACAAUGUUAUACAAAUCUCAAAAGGCUAGACAUGUCUUACAAUGAAUUGCAGUGGAUUUCUCCUCAUGCCUUCUCAAGUCUAACCAACCUAGAAGAGCUCUACCUUAACAACGAAUUUUUUUAUUUAAAAGAGUUUCCAAAUGCUUUCCAAAACAUCAGAAAUCUUCAUAUAUUGGAUUUAUCAUCUGCAAUAAGUUACAUAUAUCCAUGCAAUGUCUCUCAGUUUACAAAUUUAACAUCUCUUAUGAGACUGGUUUUACGUAAAAACAACUUACAGAGCAGACAUUUAUUUAAUAAUUUCACUUCUCGAUCCCUGUUUACAGGUCUUGAAACUUUGUUGACACUGGACUUGAGAGAGAAUGACCUAGCUAUGUUAGCACCAGAAACCUUCAACCCCCUUAAAAAACUUGAAAUAUUGCUCCUUUCUCAGUCAUCUAUUAAAGUGUUGUUUUCUGGUGUUUUUGAAAGUUUGACUUCUCUUAAAACACUGGAUCUCAGUGAUAAUCAUAUCUCAUCACUUUCUGGCAACAUAUUUCCAAUACAAUCUCAGCUUAGUAUUUUGAUCAUGAGCAAUAACAACAUUCGUAAUAUUUCUACAACACUAUUCAAUAUAAACCCACAUUUGCAAAGUCUUAACAUUCAACAAAACAAAAUAACUACAAUAAAAGGAGGGAGAAUAUCUCUGAAAAAUUUUACAAUAGAUGCAUCAGGAAACCCUUUUGACUGCACAUGUGACUUGCGCUGGUUUGUGAGAUGGCUACGCUCCACCAACGUUGAAGUCAUCCAUCCAAAUGAUACAAAUUGCUCACGAUAUUCCAUUGAAGACAUGGUAGAAUCACCAAUCCUGUCAUUCAAUCCAGACAAAUACUGUGGCAUCAACAUCCUUCUUAUCACAAGUGUGUCUUUGACAGCUAUUUUGGUUGUAGCACUUUCCUUGUUGGCAUACUGGAAACGAUGGUGGUUCAACUAUAAGGCAUUCCUUCUUAGACUUGCCAUCUGCGGCUACAAGGAAAUGGUCCAGGACAUUGAAGACCACGACUAUGAGUACCAGCUCAAUCUAAUGUUCCAAGAGGAAGACCAGGAAUGGGUGGAUUACAUCAUGAAGCCAGUUCUUCAGGAAAGGUUUCCUCAUCUUGAGAGAGUGGUCUUUGGUGACAACGACCUCCACCUCGGAAUGUUUUACAUAAACGCUCUCCAUUAUGCCGUUGAGAACAGCUUCAAGACUGUUCUCUUGCUAAGCAACAAUUCUGUACGUGAAGCCUGGUUCAUUACCAAGGUACGUAUAGCCCUAGAGGAACUCAAUGACAGCAGACUGGACAAGGUCAUAUUGUUUUUCCUUGAGGAUAUUGAUGAUGACGAUCUCCCAUACCUGGUUAGGUUGUUCCUGAGUAAGAACAAACCUUACAUGCUGUGGACGGAUGAUGAGGAUGGUCAAGAACUAUUCUGGGCACAGUUUGAGAAGAGCAUGAGGUACAAUAAGGAACUCAAUAGUGUUAUCCCUGUUUAA